AUGCCCAAAGAUCGCCUUUAUGACCUACGGGAUAUAGAAGUCAGCCGAGAGCCAGAGCAAUCUCGCUCAUUGCUCGCCCAAGGCGCCGUUGACGACGAUGAAGUUGGACCUUCGCCAGCACAUCAACCGCCUCCAUUUCCCCAAUCUUCUCUCUCCAGGACCGCUUCAAAUGGGUUCCCUCGCGCUCCGCGCACCAUAAAUCGAGUCCGCUUCGACGUUAGAGAGACGGACAGCGGCGAGCAUGCGCUCAACGGCCAUGUGCGUACACCGAGCCGGGAAAACGGCGAUUGGCCCGAGGCUGAGCAUGACUUGUUCGGAAACGAUGUUGAGAGUAGGGAAAGUUGCGCAGGGCAAAGGGCGCCUCUUCUCACUGAUGUCGAGGCACCUAGUGUCAUGGUGGCCGAAGAUUUGGAUUUCAACGCUGAGGGACUGCUGGAAAAUGCCAGGCCGAAGAGUGGUAUAAUAAGUGCAUUCAUGAAUAUGGCGAAUUCAAUAAUUGGGGCUGGCAUAAUAGGUCAGCCGUAUGCUUUUCGGCAAGCCGGUUUAUCAGCGGGAAUCGUCCUCCUGGUUAUUUUAACAAUCACAGUAGACUGGACCAUACGCUUGAUCGUGAUCAAUUCGAAAUUCAGUGGUGCCAGUUCUUUCCAAGGAACUGUGGAACACUGCUUUGGCGCCUCCGGACUCAUUGCGAUCUCCAUCGCCCAAUUCGCCUUUGCUUUUGGAGGCAUGGUCGCCUUCUGUGUCAUCAUGGGAGAUACGAUCCCCAGCGUGAUUGCGGCACUUCUCCCGUCUUUAUCGGACAUGCCUUUCCUCUGGCUUUUAACCAACAGACGAGCUGUGAUCAUUUUGUGCACUCUCUGUUUCAGCUAUCCUCUGUCUCUAUAUCGCGACAUUGCAAAAUUAGCAAGAGCGUCGACGUUAGCACUUUUAAGCAUGGCGGUUAUCCUGAUUACAGUCGUGACGCAGGGCGUUGGGGUACCACAGGAUCUCAAGGGUAACUUGAAGGGCUCGCUGUUUGUGGGGAAUGGUGUCCUUCAAGCAAUCUCGGUGAUAUCGUUCGCAUUUGUCUGUCAUCACAACUCUCUCCUGAUAUACGGUUCUCUAAAGAAGCCGACGAUGGAUAGAUUCGCUCGCGUUACCCACUACUCUACAUUCACGUCGAUGUUAGCUUGUUUGACCAUGGCUUUGGCUGGCUUUGUCACCUUUGGAGAGAAGACACAGGGCAACAUCUUGAAUAAUUUUCCCAACGAGAAUCUCAUGGUUAACAUUGCACGCUUUCUCCUGGGAGCCAACAUGGUGACGACUUUACCGCUUGAGUGCUUCGUGUGCCGUGAGGUUAUGAUUAAUUACUGGUUCCCCAAUGAACCGCACAAUCCUAAUCUUCACCUAAUUCUCACUACAUCUCUUGUUGUAGCGGCAAUGACCUUGUCUUUGAUCACUUGUGAUCUUGGCGCUGUAUUCGAGCUUAUUGGGGCAACGAGCGCCUGCGCUCUCGCUUAUAUUCUUCCACCCCUGUGUUAUAUCAAAUUAAGCACCCGUAGCUGGAAAACCAUUCCUGCGAUCCUCUGCGUUGUCUUCGGAAUGAUAGUGAUGACCAUCAGCCUGAUACAGGCUGUCGUAAAGAUGAUUAGAAAUGAAGGUGGCGCUCACUCCUGUCGAUAA